AUGCCUCCAACGGGGCGUGAUCCCCAAGGCAAGAUCUUAGGCAUCCUAGACAUAAGUGGCAUUGGGUGUCAAAUAGCGUGCAAAUCUCGUACAUUUCAAAUGCUUUUCCAAUAUGCGUUUGACGGUGAGCAUAAACGCCAUGCUUACCUUUCCUACGACUCAUUUUCAUUUCUGCUCAAGGCUAAAAUGUAUCACUUAACAUCUCACCCUAAGCUUAGGCGCAUGCAUAUGAGCGUCAUUGUCAAUACCACACAGGGCGCAAUCAUAGAUGAAGAAGGUCUUGUUGCCGCUCUGGAAUCGGGUAAAAUUUGUGGCGCUGGCCCGAUUCCUAACAUUCUUCGUAUGCCACAAAUGGGUACACUUACCGUCGAAACAGGAGCUACCAUGGAGGACGCACUUAUCGCUAACGUAAAAGCAUCUCUUGGAGGAAACAGAGACCCUAAUCUUGUACGUGAUCAGAGGCCAGUCAUGGGCCGUGGUCGAAUUAUGGGCCAGGCUUGA